AUGUCCGUCAGAUCUCGUCCCCGCUCUGUAAAUUCACACGAAGAAGAAUUUGAGCCCCUACAGGCCUUCUUACUCAAGAAUACUACCGUAUAUGCCUAUCCUCGGCAGCGUAGAUGUCCAAGAAAUAGGACAGAAGAGGUAGAUUCGGUAAAGGCGAUUUGUCAGCGGUUUCUUUACUUCUUGGUCUUCUAUACUAUUCUCGGACUUGGGUCUAAAAAGUGCUAUCUUUGCUUUAAUGAGGAUAUCCAAGUUAAUGAACAAGGAAACACUUAUAAAUCAGCGUUGCAGAUGAAUCCAGGUCUCAGCCACAUCCCCAACCCUGAUAUCUUUUCAACGCUUCUCUACUUUCGAACUCGUGAACCACUGCCCUACUACCGAAAAUCCGAUGAAUUAGCGGCAUUUUUGCAUGCUUAUCAGGACAACACAGGUUCUACAGAAUUGGAGGACUGUGUUCAGGAGGGAGGUGUCAAACAGGAUCCCGAAAGACCGUGUACCUAUGAUCUUAAUGCCGGUGGACCAUGCAACAUCAUGAACGGUUUCGGUUUCGAUACAGCACAGGCAUGUUUUGUGCUUAAAAUGGGUCGUAUUUACGGUUGGCUGCCAGAUCCCAUCGACGAGUUCGCGACUGGAGUACUCGUCAAGUGUUCAGGAGUCACUGAAGAUGAUACUUAUAAUCUCGGUGUCAUUCGCUACUACGACAUGGAUUUCAAAUUCUCUGCCAUCGCUCCGGCUAAGAAUCCGGGCAAAUUGACAAACGGGAGCUUCCAUUCAAUGUUCUUUCCCUACAAAAAUCAAUUGGCCUAUCUCCAACCUCUUGUAUUUGUUUUAUUUGAUGGGGUUAAAAGGAACACUUUCAUCCGAGUGCGCUGUUGGCUCAUUGCCAAGAAUAUUAAAGUAGAUUUUGAGAAGGGCGAGGGCUCAACCCAAUUUGAAAUAAUCUACGACUGA